AUGUCUCUUCAAGUGACUGGACAAGUGCUUCGUUGUGAUGCUAUAGUUGAUAUAAUUCAUGACAUCCAAAUUGUGUCCACAACAAGGGAACUCUAUCUUGAAGAUUCACCACUGGAGCUAAAAAUUCAGGCUUUGGAUUCUGAAGGAAACACUUUCAGCACAUUGGCAGGGUUAGUCUUUGACUGGACAAUAGUGAAAGACACAGAGGCUGAUGGCUUCUCAGAUUCCCACAAUGCAUUACGUAUACUCAAGUUCUUAGAAUCCAGUUAUAUUCCACCUUCCUAUAUAUCGGAGAUGGAAAAAGUUGCCAAGCAAGGAGAUACCAUUUUGGUGUCUGGAAUGAAAACAGGGACUUCUAAAUUAAAAGCAAGAAUACAGGAAAGUGUCUAUAAGCAUGUACAUCCUGCAGAAGUCAGAUUGCUCAUUUUGGAAAACAUCCUUUUAAACCCAGCAUAUGACAUUUAUCUUCUGGUGGGAACAUCAAUUCAGUACAGAGUUCAGAAAAUAAGGCAAGGGAAGAUUACAGAGUUAAUGAUGCCGUCCGAUCAGUACGAGCUGCAGCUACAGAACAACGUCCUUGGUCCCGAGGGAGAUCUGUCUUGGCCGGUUGCCAAGCUGGACCAGGCAACAUCAGUUGUAACUGCAUUGCAGCAGGGACAAACUAACCUCGUACUUGGGCACAAGAGUAUUCGCAUGCAAGGGGUUUCCAGACUACCAAACAGCACUAUCUAUGUUGUAAAUCCUGGGUAUUUAGGAUUUACAGUUCAUCCAGGUGACAGAUGGGUCCUGGAAACAGGCAGACUUUAUGAAAUUACAAUUGAAGUGUAUGAUAAAUCGAGCAAUAAGGUGUAUUUAUCUGAUAAUAUCAGAAUUAAUACAGAACUGUCCAAAGAAUAUUUUGAGGUGCUGAAGUCAUCUCUGAAUGGAUCGUAUCACUAUGUGAAAGCGAUAAAGAAGGGUCAGACCAUUAUUGAUGCUGCAUUGACAUCAGUAGUAGAUCAGGACGGAGGUGUUCAUACGUUACCAGUUCCAGUGCGAAACCAGCAAGAUGUUGAAAUAUAUGUUCCCAUAGUUCUUUCACCCAGCAUUUUGACGUUUCCUUGGCAGCCAAAAGCAGGAGUCUACCAAUACACCAUACAGGCUCAUGGCGGAAGUGGAAAUUUCAGCUGGUCCUAUUCUAACCAAGCAGUUGCUACAGUGACAGUCAAAGGAGUAAUGACAACUGGAAGUGAUAUUGGCGUCAGUGUUAUUCAGGCAAUUGAUGUUCAGAAUCCGUUGCAUUAUGGAGAGAUGAAGGUGUAUGUAACUGAACCUAGCGGGAUGGAGUUCAGACCAUGCCGAGUUGAAGCACGUGUUGGCCAAAUAUUGGAGCUGCCCUUAAGGAUUAAUGGCCUAACAAAUGUUGAGACAGGCGAGACGGUCCCACUAAGCGACUGCUCACAUUUUGAUCUAGUUGUGGAAGUAGAAAACCGUGGUGUGUUCAGGCCACUUCCAGGAAGGCUUAAGCCAACUGCUGAUUUUUGUAGUGGAGUCAGAGUGAAAGGUGAAACUCAAGGCUACACAACACUUGUUGUUUCUUACAACCAUGGCCAUGUCCACCUCAGUGCUAGCAUCACCAUUGCUGCUUAUCUACCGUUAAAAACUAUUGAUCCUCCAUCUGUUGCUCUAGUGACUUUGGGUUCCUCCAAAGAUAUGUUAUUUGAAGGAGGACCUAGACCAUGGGUUCAAGAACCUUCAAAGUUCUUCAGGAAUGUCACUGCUGAGGAUGCAGAAAGUAUUGCUCUGUCUUUGUUUGGACCUUCUACGUCUCGAAAUAGCAUCCAGCAUUGGGUUAGAGUGUCUUGCAAAAGCCUGGGAGAGCAAGUUAUUGCCUUAACAGUUGGAAACAACCCCUCAAUCACAAACCCCUUUCCAGCGGUUGAGCCCGCUGUUGUGAAGUUCAUCUGUGCUGUCCCGUCACGACUCACCCUGACUCCUGUUUAUGGAAGUCCUCAGCUUGAUCUCUCCUGCCCCUUGUUGCAGCAAAACAAGCAAGUGGUUCCUGUUUCAAAUUAUCGUAAUCCAGUAUUGGAUUUGGCUGCAUAUGACCAACAGGGCGGUAAAUUCGAUAACUUCAGUUCUCUUAGUGUUGUUUGGGAAUCAUCAAAAAUAUCCUUAGCCAAUAUUGAGCCUGAUAUGCCAAUGGAGCUGACUCUGAAAGAAGAUGGAAGCGGUCAAAAGAAAAUGCACGGCUUACAGACUGUUCUGGUUCAUCAUGAGUCUGGAACAACUGCCAUCUCUGCUACUGCAACAGGAUACCAGCAAUCCCAUCUCAAGGCAGCUAAAGUAAAAAAACCGGUAAUCAGAACUCU